AACUGCCUGUCACAGCGCACCUUAAAAUCCAACGGCCCAGAUGAGUUUGCCCCAAUCGAUAUUCUACUGAAGCCCUCAUUUCUGUCACCUACAAAAACCCCGUUGAUCAUAGGGUUUUAGUCUCGCACUCGAGAGAGAGUACAACCAAAGGUUACUACAAUGGCGUUCUUAGGUAAGGUUGGGAGUAUACUUAGGCAGACUGCUAGCAGGCAGAUUACAGGUGAAAUAUCUGCAUCAAAACCUUCCAUCUAUCAAGCAAUACGAUAUAUGUCAUCUUCAAAAAUUUUUGUUGGAGGACUUUCAUAUGGCACUGAUGACCAAAGUCUAAGAGAAGCAUUCGGUAAAUAUGGUUAUGUUGCAGAAGCUAGAGUUAUUGUGGAUCGUGAGACUGGUCGAUCCAGAGGAUUUGGCUUUGUUACAUUCAGCUCUCCAGAGGAGGCCUCUAGUGCGAUCCAGGCCUUGGAUGGACAGGAUCUUCAUGGCCGUCGUGUAAGAGUUAAUUAUGCAAAUGAUAGACCUCGUGGUGGUGGUUUUGGAGGCGGUGGUUAUGGAGGUGGAGGUUAUGGAGGCGGCGGUUAUGGAGGUGGAGGUGGGUAUGGGGGUAACUAUAACAAUGCUUAUGGUGCUGCUGGAGGAGGUUAUGGAGGUAAUAAUGCCGGUUAUGGUGGUGAUGGCAACUAUGGAAGUGGAGGAAAUUACCCUAGUAGUUUUGGUGGUGGAAAUUCUGGUUAUGAGGGAGCUGGUAACUAUGGUGGUGGAAGUACUGGAGGUUUUAAUAGUAGCGAUCAUGGUGUUGCUGGUGGUGGCGGUGGUGCUGACAGUGUCCAUGAUGGAAAUACUGGGUUCGGAAACUUUUCAGGUGGAAACAGUUUUGGCAGUGGAAAUACCGGAAGUUUUGACAAUAGCAGUGAUGGUUUCAACUUCUCUGCUGGGGGUGGCAGUACUGACAGUGGAUUUGAUGGAAAUACUGGGGCUGGGUUUGGCAGUAAUCAAUUUGCUAGUGAUGAAAGUGCUGCUGCUGAAGAUUUUGACCAGGGUGAACCUUUGGAUGGAAAUUCAAGGGAUGAAGAUGACACUGAUAACUUUGCCAAAAGGGCUUGACAUCAUAUGCUUCAAACGCGAAAACAGUUUAUUUCGUUUCCACCCAAAUUUAUUAGUAAAACUGUUUUUGGUUCUAGUUUUUAGCCCCUAUGUACGAACCAUUUGUCAUUUUGUGCUGGCUUUUAUUUAUCGAACUAUGGUUUUAUGUGUUCUUUGUGAGAAACGAAAUGAGCAACAGUAAUCAAGAAAAUAAUUGUAGUUAAUGAUUCA